AGGGCGCCCCCCCAGUCACUUCGCGCGUUAGGAGGCUCGGGUCGUUUUGCUGUGCCGUCUUCCCGCCUGCGCCAGGGACCUGCCCGACUCAGUGGCCGCCAUGGCAUCAGAUGAGGGCAAGCUUUUCGUCGGAGGGCUGAGUUUUGACACCAACGAGCAGUCACUGGAGCAGGUUUUCUCAAAAUAUGGACAGAUCUCAGAAGUGGUGGUCGUGAAGGACAGGGAGACCCAGCGAUCGAGGGGCUUUGGGUUUGUCACCUUUGAGAACAUCGAUGAUGCCAAGGACGCCAUGAUGGCCAUGAACGGGAAGUCUGUGGAUGGGCGGCAGAUCCGGGUCGACCAGGCUGGCAAGUCGUCUGAUAACCGAUCCCGCGGGUACCGAGGUGGCUCUGCCGGGGGCCGGGGCUUCUUCCGCGGGGGCCGAGGCCGGGGCCGUGGGUUCUCCAGAGGAGGAGGGGACCGCGGCUACGGGGGGAGCCGGUUCGAGUCCAGGAGUGGGGGCUAUGGAGGCUCCAGAGACUACUACAGCAGCCGGAGUCAGGGUGGCAGCUGCGGUGACCGAAGCUCGGGCGGGUCCUACAGAGACAGCUACGACAGUUACGCUACACACAACGAGUAAAAAUCCUUCCUGCUCGAGAUCGUCCUUCCAAUGGCCGUAUAUUUAAAGAUUUUGGGAGCUCCGCUGAAUCGUUAAUGUGUAGUGAUCACACCUCCUUGUACCCACUUUUGUAGUCUUAUUGGUUCUGAUCUUGUCAAACACAGCCUGACUGCUUCUGGCCCCCAGAUGGCCUCGUUACUACACUUUGCUUUUUAAGGAAGCGCUGUCCGUUUUUAAGAGUCUUAAAAACGUUUUGAAGAGCACUUCCAGUUUUACUUUUACCUUUUUACUGUGAGCCAAGAGUUUUUUUUUUUUAGAAAAUCACCAGGGGUUGUGAGAGUUUUGUUUUUUGUUUUCGGUUGUGUUGCUUUUUUUCUUUUUCUUUUCAGUGGGGUCAGCCCCGUGAAGUUGGGUGCCCCGAGUCACUUCUCUUUGAGAUUGAACAGACUCUGAAUCUGCUCUUUGUCGGAAGCUGAGCAAGUUGUAGCUUUUUUCCAACUCGGUGUCACGUUUCUGAGUGUAGCGUGGUAGAACCGUGCAGGUGGCAGCAGAGCACCCGGGCUGCCCUGGCCCGGCCCGGGCGCCCACCUGUCCUGUGGGACCCACAGUAGACUUGCAGACAUCCCCGAGAGGUUCUUGAAAAUGUGUAUUUAUAUUGUCCUUUUUUGCCGGAAGACGUACGCAUAUCCCGUCAAUGUUGUAUCUGAAGUGGUGAAGGAAUUCUUGUACGCAGUUUUCUUUGGCUUCACGAAGCCGAUUAAAAGACCAUCUGAAUGAA